GGCAUAAUUCGGGUGUGAUGUGAUCGGAUUGGUUGUAUGUUUCGAUCCCCAAUACAAAUACAAAUAUCAUUCUCUUCAAUCUCCCUUCCAACAUAUAUAAUCACAAAACAAUAUCUCACAUCAAAACAGUAACAAUAAUAAUAUAAUGGCAACCAAAAUAAGUUCUAAAAGCAACAACAGCGUUGCUUCUGAUGACGUCGAAAAAAAAGACGAAAAAGAAACAAGUAUCGAUAUCAGCAUUUCGUUGGAUAAACUGAGUCUUCGUCCAAAGAAGAAACUACUUGUGCUCCCUCUUGCUGGCAUCAUUGUUUACCGAGCACAUCGUAGUAGGCCAAACACUUUUCCCAAAAACCGACGACCUGAUUUUUCUUAUGGAAGUUUUCAUGUUUACAAAAGGCCCUUUUGUAAAGAGUUUUUGGAGUUUUGCUUUCAAAGGUUUCAUGUUGCACUCUGGUCUGCUGCUAGAGAGUAUAAUCUACAAGGAAUAUUGGACCAUGUUAUGGGAGAUCGGAAAAGAAAGUUAUUGUUCACUUGGGAUCAAGAACAAUGCACAGAUACUGGAUUUAUGUGUUUGGAUAGGAAAGACAAGCCUUUGUUUUUGAAACAACUCGAUUAUAUAUGGCAGAAUAAGUACUCGAAUCUUCCAUGGCGUGCUGGAGGAUAUUCGCCAUCUAACACGUUAUUAAUCACUGAUCCUGUGAAGGCCCUUUUAAAUCCUCCUAACAAUGGGAUUUUUCCUGAGACUUAUGAUCCCGAGUAUAAGGAAGAUCGCUUUUUAGGUCCAAAUGGUGAGUUACGGAUGUUCUUGGAAGGGCUUUCAGAAGCAAAGGAUGUGCCUACAUACGUGAAGGAUCACCGCAUUGGACAGCCACCAAUAAUACCUGAUCACUCUGAUUGGGGCUAUUAUUCGAAGAUAGUUCGUGCUUUUGAGAAGAAAGGAACUACCGAUGACAAAAUCUGAUGUGAUCACAGAGACCAAGAGUGCUUUUGUCUGGUGUUUUUUCAAUGAUCUCUUGUUGGUCUUUGUCCCUCUUGAACAAAAGUUUGUUUCUAUAAUUCUGGCAUGGUUAUAGAACUACAUAAUCUGGAAGUUUUGGUUAGAAUUUUGGAUGCUCAGUAUGUUGUCAAGUAAAUUUUUUGUGGCAAAUCAAGUCAUGACUUGUUAAGUUUUUGGAUUUGGAUGAUGAAAAAAACAACCAAUUAUCUAA